GCUUCCACCACUCCAUCCGCUCAGCAGCACACGGGGCUGGUCCAGCUCCAGCCUUUGCCUUUGUCACAAUCCCGCGCUCGCCCUGCGCACGAUCUUCUCCCCGAAACAAGAGUGCGACGCGUCUGUCGCUUGCGACCUCUUUCAAGCGUCCUAACUUUUCGCCCAAUCGCCAUCACGCGCCUGAGCAACCAUGUCGUUCACGACCACCGGCAAGAUCAACCCUCCACAGGCAUUCAUAUCGAGUUAUGCGCCUCGGCUGCGCUCAUACGGCAACUCCCUUAUUUCCCCCAUCGUACCCCCUUCGAACACUCUCCCGGCACCUCGAACUACGAAGCGCGGCACCACUGCCAUCAACUACGCAGAAGAUGGAUUCGAUGACGACGACUUUGAGGACAGCGAAGGCCCGCGACGAGCGACAGGACUCAGGAGUGUUCGGAGAGAUGACUCGAAUCUGGACAAAUCGGCGCAGAUAGCACAAUUGGGCAAGGAGCUCUCUGCGCCUGUGGAAGUCCAGGGAAUAUGGAGGGAUUGGAUGGGAAGACCAAAGCGCACAUUGACAGAAAAGCAGGUCCAAGUGCAAGCAGCACUUCCAGUCACCUUGAUCCCUAUACGAAUAGAUCUAGACGUUCAGCCGUUCCGUCCAGAAGCGCCUCUACCGACACCUACGAACGCCCGCGACUUUGGAAUCGACGAGAGUCUCCCUGCAUACAAGCAACCCGAUAUAACACCUGCAUACCGCCUAAAAGAUUCCUUCCUGUGGAAUCUCCACGAAGCUCUUACAACCCCCGAUCAGUUUGCGAAGGUGUUUGUAGAUGAGCUGGACUUUCCCACCGAUCGGAAACCUGCUUUGAUCACGACAAUUGCAACUCAAAUCCGGACACAAUUGGAAGAAUAUGCUGGAGUCGCGCUACAUCCUCUCUUUCAUUCGGCCGCCGUACCAGCGCCCGUAGCACCUGAAGCGACUGCAGGAAAGGCGAUCCAACUAGCUCCUACCCGGGAUGGAACAUCAACACCGGCGGUAAGAACGAAUGGCGUCUCGACACCGGUUCAAAAUGGCAUGGCUCAAGGUCAAGAGUCACAGGCGCUAGCACCCGUUUCCAAUGGCAUCACUGCCACCGCAAAAGCAGUGCCUUCUGAGGAUCUUCACAAUCCCGAUGACACAUAUCGCUGUAUAAUAACUCUCAACAUAAACCUCAUGAAUCGGCUAUAUAGCGACAAGUUCGAGUGGUCCCUCCUACAUCCUCCAGGAUUUGCGGAAACGUUCGCAAAAGUAACUUGCGCCGAUCUUGGUCUGGCGGGAGAGUGGGUCUCUGCCAUGACACAUGCCAUAUAUGAAGCCGUCUUGCGACUCAAGAAGGAGGCAUGCGAGAAUGGAGGUCUAGUUGGUGACGGCGAAAUUGAGAACGAUGCCGCCGAUCCUGUCAAAGGCGCCGGUUGGAGAUACGAUCAAGAACACCUGUGUGAUGAAUGGGAACCUAAGGUCGAGAUCUUGUCAAAGGAGGAGAUUGAGAAGCGUGAAGGCGACCGCGAGAGGCAGAUCCGUAGGUUGCGAAGAGAAACGGCAAGAUUCUCUUCGACCACGAAUAUGGCGGGCACCCCCCAGAACGACUUCUUCGCCAAUCCCGAGCAGGUAGAGAACAUGGGAAGAGGCGAAAGGAGCAAGAAGAAAAGAAGGUUCAGGAGUCUAAGUCCGGUCGGGAGAGAGACUCCAGAAACCGGAUCUGGAUAUGGAGGGCAGGGAGGAGGUUUGCAGGACUAUGAACGAUCAACUUGGCGAUGCCAGCACUGCUUGGUGUGGGGCCAAGCCGUUUGGGCUGUUCGAGAUGGACCGAAGGGCCCAAGGACACUUUGCAACAACUGCGGCUACCUCUAUGAGAGGGACAAGAAAUUACCUCCGUGGUCUGAGAAUCUCUUCUUCGCUGAUCGAGCGUGGGUCAGGUAGUAAGUACUCACGAUAAGGAGGUGCUUUCUUUUUCUUCUGAAUGAACCAGGAGUAGUGUCCUUAGUGUCACCUUUGUUCCAGAGACUGGGUAGGGUUUGUUCGGCUUGUUCAGUUAAAUAGCAUUUCUCAGCGAUGGCGUCAGGUAAAGCUGGCUACGUUAAUAUUGUACGAACAUGUACGCCACCCUUCACGAAAGGGAUGGAUGUGCCAGGGUUUCAGUAGUAUAACGAGAACUUGAAAGCAUCGAAUCAAG